AUGGACCUUGGAUUAAACAAUUUUAACUAUACUGAUCAAGAUUGGUCAGAAUUUGCAGGCAUGCCUUCAUUGACCUACCUUGAUAUGUCUACGCAAGGUGAUAAUCUAUAUCAUUCUGAAUUCCCAGAAUUUAUAUCUCAAUGCCGGAACUUGACGUUCCUCAGCUUGUCUCAAAAUAAUUUGAAUGGCCAAAUUCUACCUUCGAUAGGCCAACUCAAGGAGCUCCAGUACCUUGAUCUUUCAUACAAGUUCUUAAACUCUUCUAUCCCUUCUGAGCUUGGUCUUUGUACAAACCUCACCCACUUGUCCCUGGCUUCUAAUCAACUCAACGGGGAACUGCCUCUUUCCUUGUCCAAUCUGAACAACCUCGUCGAAUUGGGUUUAGCUAAUAACCAAUUCUCUGGCACGAUUCCGAACAAUAUAGGUUUGAUUUUGGGUCUUCAACGUAUUGACCUGAGUAUGAAUCUUCUGGAAGGUAAAAUUCCAUCCUCGGUAGGCCAACUCAGGGAGCUCCAGUACCUUGAUCUUUCAUCCAACUCCUUAAACUCAUCAAUCCCUUCUGAACUUGUUCUUUGUACAAACCUCACCUACUUGUACUUGUCUUCCAAUAAACUCAAUGGGGAACUGCCUCUUUCCUUGUCCAAUCUGAACAACCUCGUCGAAUUGGGUUUAGCUAAUAACCGAUUCUCUGGCACGAUUCCGGACAAUAUAGGUUUGAUUUCUGGUCUUCAACAUAUUGACCUGAGUAUGAAUCUUCUGGAAGGGGAAAUUCCACUCUCUAUAGGCCAACUCAGAGAGCUCCAGUACCUAAAUCUUUCAUACAACUCCUUAAACUCUUCUAUCCCUUCUGAGCUUGGUCUUUGUACAAACCCCAACCACUUGUCUCUGGCUUCCAAUCAACUCAACGGGGAACUGCCUCUGUCCUUGUCCAAUUUGAACAACCUCGUCAAAUUGGGUUUAGAUAGUAAUCUAUUUACUGGUCAAAUCCUUCCUUCUCUAGUCUCCAAUUGGACUAAAAUGGUCUCUUUGCAACUUCAGUCCAAUGAACUCAGUGGGGAGAUUCCGACGGAAGUUGAAAAUAUGAACUUUCUGUUGACGCUCAAUCUAAGAAGGAACCACUUGACAGGAGUGAUCCCUCAGAUUCUAGGAUCAAGAUUAGAGGUUCUCAAUAUCUCACACAACCAUCUUUCAGGGCAAAUCCCAUCAUUUGUCAACAUGCCAUUUCUUCGUGACUUUGAUUUUUCUUAUAACAACUUGACUGGCCCAAUCCCAUGCGUUUUCGAAUCGGCACCAGCAAAUGCUUUUGUUGGAAACUCGGGCUUGUGUGGGCAUGUAGAAGGACUAGACGAUAUACCCACUUGCCCCAACAGAAAUUCCGAAAAGAGUAACAAAAGAGUUCUAAUUGGUAUCCUUGUGCCUGUUUGUGGUUUAUUAAUGGUUACAACUGUCAUUGGUCUUAUGUUCCGUAAAAAAUCCAGUCUCGUUUCGAACAAAGUCAACACUUCUAAAAACUUUGAGAGUUUGGAGUCAAUGAUAUUGCAAGAGGAAGUAAAGUUUACGAGGGUUUGGAAGGGUUUACAAGGCAAAGUUGCAAUCAGGCCAGGUUGUUGCAGUUAA